AUGGCGAUGAUGACUGGCCGUGUGCUGCUGGUGUGUGCCCUCUGCGUGCUGUGGUGCGGUGCCGGCUGUGGUUUUUGUGAGGGAACUUUGGAGGAUGAAUUCUGCAAUAAGUCAUAUGUGGAGGCUUUGAGUUUGCUGGCGAAUAAGACUGACGAUGAGAUUAAAAAGAAAUACUGCAAACAGGAAGAUGAAAAAGCAACGUGUUUAAAGACGUUGAGGAGUAAUAUUGCAGAUGCGCUGGAGAAAGAAAAGGCGAAGGAAGACAAUGCAGCUCACAGAGAGUCGGACAUCUCGAGGGAUACGGGAGCGUCAGUUGGCAGCCCAACAACGAAAUCGUCAAAGGCCGCCGGCGCGAAUACUGCCGUGUUGUCAUCUCCGCCUCCUUUAAAUGUGGAAGGUGGUUUUGAUGCCCAAAUUCACGGAUCAGCAGGUGGUGCUGGCCACCAGCAGCAUUCCGAUGACGUUCGCAGUGAAGAAGAGCAAAGGAAUCACCCAGAGUCCGGGCGCUGCAGCGAAGGUCAAGAUGCCUUGGGCGAAUGCAGUCAUGUGCCCGCAGGUGACGCAGCGGCGGAGGGAUCGCAUCAACACAGCGUGGACGCGCAAGGCAAAACGAUCCACAAGAAAGGCGAAGAAACAACACCAACAGGACUGAAGUCGACCGAAGCACGGGAUGGCACGGACGGAGCGCCAGCACCACCACAAGAUCCACCAAAUACGACUGAAUCACACGAGGAUAAAUCCCGGAGAGUGGCUGCACCAGACACAAUUCCUGCAGAUAAUACAUCACCAGGCAGCAACCAGGAGCAAACAUCCCAGUCUUCGUCUCCCAGUGGCAGUGAAACCACCGGCAGCUCGGAUAAAGAGGACCGAGAAAAAAACUCCAAAAAUGCACAAAUAUCCGAUACCCCACUGAAAGAUGAAGAACAGCACCGUGAGAGUACAGCUGGUAGUAAAGACGCAACAACAGUUGAAUCUGCCGCUGAGCAACGUAAUACGACGACGCCUGGCGACAGUGACGGCAGCACCGCGGUCUCCCACACCACCUCCCCUCUUUUGCUUGUUGUUGUUGCGUGUGCGGCUGCUGCUGCGGUGGUGGCCGCGUGA